UUUGCUUUAUAAUUUUGAUCUCCAGCAUCAGAUUUAUUGCUGACUUCAGUGAUAUAAUAAUCUUUUUCUCAUGAGUCCGGGAUUGCAAUUCUUCUUGCAGUAAACUUGAUCUCUUGAUACUUCGCUUUCACACCUUUUAUGACCUUUUCAUAAUUAAUGUCAGCUAGAUUCCCCAACUCAAUACGGACAUCUUCUAUCUCUUUCUUCGGAAUUGAGAUAUCUUCUGGAGUUUUCCUCAUUUCUAAAAACAGUCUGACGGUAUCUAUUGCUAGGGAAGAGACUUUGUGUCAAUCUCUGAAUAUCUCUAUGGCUUCAUCGACUUCCAUAUCUUCAGGUAUCUUCUGUAUAAAUGGAUCUAAUAUGUCUCUUAUUCUCUUUAUAUCUUUGUCAAUGGCUCUUUGGAAAGGAUCAGGCGAUAAUUCUGUUGGUUCUGUUGGCUGUUCAGAUUCCAUCUCCACAUCUUGCUUCUUGGAUAAAUCGGGUGAUUGAGAGGUGACCAAUUUUUGAGGCUGUGGAGGUUUAGAUUCUGUAGCUGGUAUCUUUUUGACAGGUUUUGGAAGAGGUUUAACAGAACCUUUAUUAAUUGAAUCAACAGACUCUUGAUACAACUUAUUCGCUAAUUCUUCUUGUUCCUUUUUCUUCCUCUUCGAGAUUUCUUUCACUUCCUCAACAGGGAGAGGUUCAGAUUUUCCACCUUUAUUGCUGGCCUUGGUUUCCUCUUCAAUAUCUUCAUCUAAUUGGCAAUCCUUCAGCAAUUUAUCUCUUAACUCCUCUUUUGAGAGUGUUGCUCCAGAAUCUUUCUGCUCUUGGGGUACCCUUUCGGUUGUUUCUGGAUGAAUUUGAGAUGUUUUAGAGAUUUUAGGAGUCUCUUUAGGAAUCUCUUUAGGGGUAGUCUUCUGUUUUUGAGCGACUAGUGAGGACUCUUGAAGCUUUUUCUUUGAGCUCUCUUUCUUUUGUGGGUGUUUUGGGAAAUUUUGAGGUUUCUCUCGAGGUUUGGUAGAGGCUUUUGGCUUCUCUUGAUGGGAGAUUUGUUCUGGUUUUGGAUUAUUUGUAGGGUUUUGAGGAGGUUUUGUAGAUUCUUUGGGCUUUGGGUUAGAAAUUUCUUUGGAGGUAUCAAGCUUUUGCUUCUGGAGUGUUUUCUGGAGUAAAGGUUUAGAUUCCUCUUUAUUCUGAAGGAGUUUCUGAGAUGGUUCUUUAGCUUUAUCAUGUUCUAAAGAAGGUUUUUUGUGAAGAGUUUUAUUUGAAUUUGAUGUAUCAGAGAGUUUGUUUUUGGAAGCUUGAGAUUCCACUUCGGAAUCUUUUGGAUUUGGAAUUUUCACAUCUUGACCUUCCCUUUGAGUAUCAGGAGAUUCUUCCCUUGGAACUUUCUCUUUCUUACUUUCCCAAUUCUUCUUUCUACCUUCAUCAAUCUUAUCCUCUCCCAUAUGAUGCAUCUCCUUCUCAAUUUCCUGCUGCAUCUCUUCAUCACUAUCCUUCAUUUCCUCAUUCUCCUCUCCUUCCACCAUCCCUAGCUCCUCUGCCUUAAUAAUCUCUCUCACUAUUCUCCCCUCAAUCUCCACCUUCUUUUCCUCCUUCUCCAACUUCUCAGUCUUAACCUCAGUCUUAACAUCCCCUAAGACCCCAAAAAAAUCUUCAGGAUCAGCCUCUUCUUCAGAGUCAAUGGCCUGUACUCCAUAUCCCUUCAAUCUCUCCUCCUUGAUCCACUUAUUAAUCACUUCGACCUGCUUCUCAUGCUCGUCACGAACAGAUUUCUCCAGGUCAGUAUUUUUCGCGGCUGAGAAGCACCGCCUAAUGUAGGUGUCGUGCAGCCCUUUCCUGCAGAAGAUCUGGAUCAUGCUGGUGGGCUCGGAGCAGCAUGGGAGGCGGCAGAAGGAACAGACGGUAGUGUGGGUUUCACAGGUGGAGAAAGCGAUGAGGAUGAGGGAUUUGCAGAUGUGGCAUGUGUACGAUCCGGUCAUUUCUUUCAUGGCUUUUAGGUAGCGUAGCUUUCUGGGCGAGGGAGGGUUUGGGUCCUGUGAGGGUGACGGAGGUGGGGAAUCGUGGUAUUUGGGCUCUUUUUUGGGUUUUCUUUUAAUCGGCAUUGAGAGUUGUUUUAAACUUUUUUU